AUGAAAGAGUUUGCUUAUCACACACAUCUCCCAUCAUAUAAAGAAGUCAUUAUCCAGUCCCCGGGUUACCCGAAUAAAAACUACUCUAGAGACACGACAUAUAAGUGGCUUGUUACUGCACCAUACACAACAGAAGAAAUUUUGAUCAAGAUAAAGAUGGAUAUCCAAAAAUUGCCUAGUACUUGUAAAGACUAUUUGCAGAUUGAAGAAGCCAAUUCUCUCACUGGAAAUUUCCCAGUUUUUAAACAAUGUGGGAUGUCGCGAAUUAUCAGAACAACGCAAGGACAUCGACUUUUAAUCAAACUUGUUUCAAAUAAUGAUCAUUUGACUUCCAAAGGAUUCGAAUUAAAAUUGAAAGUGCUAAAAGUACGACCAACAACAUAUAAUAAAAGUUUACCAACAACAGCAAUAACAUCACAAAGGAUUUCGUCAGAAGCCUCAAUAUCGGUACCAUUAACAACGUCAACUGUAAUGUUAUCAACAUCAUUUGACACUCAUACAGGUAUAAAGUUUAUUUGA